AUGGCCGCAACUACAGAAGCGCCGCAGAAACUAAGCGACGCUCUUGUCGCAUUCUCCCUCGAAGGUCGUUUCCCCGACGAUAUCUCCGUACUCCCUCCUGUUUCCGAAACCGAUCUACAACCUGCGAUCCAGGCUCUGGCAGAAGCCAAGCAAGGGCUGGAGGCCGAGCUACACACCAUCAACCAAGAAACGAAACAAGAUGUCGAUUCAUGGGUUCGGAAUUCAAAAGCCCUGCAGGAGGAUAUUUUCCGCUCAAAGGCGAUGGCCAAUGAAAUCGAACGACAAUCUGAGGCUCCCGAUGUCUCUGGUGAAGCUGUGCAAGAUGCAGAAGAGAAGGCGGAAUUCUUGAACCGAGAAGUUCAGUACAGCCAGCAGCUUCACGAUGUGUUGCAAAAGAUCAAGCUUGCUGAUCAGUCUUUGCAUGAGAUGGAGGAAUCUUACCAAAGAUCUUCCAUUGAGGAUUCAAUAGUUUUCCUCAAGAUGUUCGAGAAAGCUUUUGAUGAUAUCGGUGUCAGCAAGUCUUGUCGAGUGAUGAAGCUCUUGAAGCUCCGAAGUUCCGAGCUCAAUUCUGCUGUUCGUGAGAUGAUCGACCAUCAUUGGAAGACAUUGGUUAACGCCGACAUCGAAACUCGCCAAUUCACUAUUCACAAGGUGAUCGAGGAUGAACAUGGAGAAGUCCAGAUGGACCUCUUAGACGUCGCAUAUGGUCUGGAGAGUUAUAAAGAGGUCGAUGAGCAUAUGGAGCAGCUGUGGCGAAACUUGGAUGCUACAGUUAUAUCGCCUCGCAUGGACAUCAAAAAUACCACUUUUCCUUCAAUACAGGAAUAUCAAGAUAUACUUAAGCUGUCCGGCGAAGCAUCAAGAUCGGUCGACGCCCUGCUUACUGAUUUAGAAACGGCAUUCUCAUGGGUCUCUCAAAAAGUCCCCGAGCUGGUUUUUCCGCCAUUAGCCAACUUUAUGGUGGCCGACGUGAUACCCAGACUCAUAGGAGAAUGGUUGGCUCCCGCUGUGCCCUCAUCAUUAAAGGAUAUGGACAGCUUUCAAGCCAUGGUCCAGAGGACUCAAAGGUUUUGUCAGUUGCUCACUGAGUAUAAGUACACCGGUUUGGAAGAUCUACAGAACUGGGUCGACAAUGCACCAUCAAUAUGGCUUGGGAAAUGCCGAGAGACCACUCUCGACUCUGUUCGAUCAAAGUUACUCGGUGGAAUCGGAGAGUCCAAACAGGUCGAAAAGGUUGAGAAGCAGAUGGUGUCAAUCGCGGAAGGAAAAGAGAUCACCAAAACACCAGGAGGCGCUGGUGCAACUGCCGAAACUGCAGAUUGGGGUGAUGCAUGGGGUGAUGCAUGGGAGGAAGAUAACGAGCAGCCUAAGGAGACACAACCGACACAACCUACAAAGGGACCAGGUUCUACCAAAGCCGAUGAAGAUGACGGAGCUGAUGCGUGGGGAUGGGACGAAGAAGAUACCACUGCCGAACCCAAAGACACGAAAGAAGCUACCGAGAAGGAUGAUGAGGAUGAUGCUGCUGCUGCUUGGGGAUGGGGUGACGAAGAUACUGUUCAAGAACCAGAGCCCGCAGCCAAAAAGACCAAAACUGGAGCUCACGAGACUCGAGAGCUUGUUCUCAAAGAAACUUACAGUGUUUCGUCUAUGCCUGAGCCGGUUCUCGAGCUGAUUCAGGCUAUUCUAGAAGACGGCGCUGCAUUGACGAGGGAUGAUGUGGAAUAUGCUCCAGUUGCAGCUACAGCGCCUGGUCUAUUCGGUUUGCCAACGUUUGCAUUGGCCUUGUUCAGAGCCAUCUCGCCGUAUUACUACUCUCUGAGCGAGGGUGGCAACAUGUUCUUAUACAAUGAUGCCAUGUACCUGGCAGAGCGACUCUCCGAGUUUGCUGAUGCCUGGAAGAAGCGCGAAGACCUAACGCCCAGAGCUAGGAAUAUGCUACGGCUUGACAACGAUGUCAAAAGUCUUCAGAGCUUUGCCAAUCGCAGUUACGCCAACGAGAUGAACAUCCAAAAGACUAUCCUCCGUGAUUUCCUUGGAGGAGCUCAAAGUCUGAUGCAGCAAGAUGAAAUGGAGUCUUGUGUAGAGUUGGCUACGGGUCGUAUCCGCGCAAUGGCUUCUGUCUGGAAGUCUAUUCUAGCUCGUUCAGUUUGGACUCAAGCUCUGGGUUCUUUGGUUGAAGCUGUCGCGACCAAGCUUAUCACAGAUGUCCUUGAGAUGUCUUCAAUCGGUCAAGAUGAAGCCUACAACAUCGCCAAGGUCAUCGCCACUGCUACAGAGCUGGACGACCUUUUCUUACCCAGCGUUUUGGCAGGUACUCCAAGCACAGGGGAUGAAGUUCCUCAAACAGCUCAGUAUGCACCCAGCUGGCUUCGUCUCAAGUAUCUGAGCGAGGUUCUUCAAAGCAACCUUAAUGAGGUUCGCUAUCUAUGGUUUGAAAGCGAGUUGAGUCUCUACUUUUCUGCUUCAGAGGUUGUCGACCUUAUUGAAGCUAGCUUUGAGUCGAAUCCUAGAACAAGGGAGACGAUUCGGGAGAUUCAAUCCAAGCCUGCUCCUGCGGCUUAA